AUGCCUGCAUGUAUUUUAUUUUAUUUUAUUGUUGGGAACAGAUGGCAUUUGGUUGCUUCAUGGACAUGGGAUGCUCAAGAUGAAACAUGUGGGAUAUGUCGGAUGGCUUUUGAUGGUUGUUGCCCUGAUUAUAAAAUUCCUGGAGAUGACUGCCCUUUAAUUUGGGGAGCUUUCAACCACGCUUUUCAUCUGCACUGUAUAUUGAAAUGGGUGAAUUCGCAGACAAGCCAAGCUCAUUGCCCCAUGUGUCGAAGAAAAUGGCAGUUCAAAGAGUAAGCAAAUUAAUGGGGAUCGUCUGAUUAAGUGAUUUGGGAUGAUAUCUUGGAGAGUUGUGUUUGGAGCAUUGAAGUGUUUCUGAAGCUUGGAUUGAUUUGAUUGCUUAGACAAAUGAGAGUUCAAGAAACUGUCUAUAUAACAUAUGAUGAUGUUGGUUUAUGAUUAGGUAUAACAACCAGUAGGUGAAUGCGUUUGUUGUGGCUCGAGGGUAUCGCAAAUAGGCUUAUAACGUAAGGUUUAUAUCUACUGGUGGUCAUAUGAUCCCCCAAGGCAACAUAAUUUCUGAUUUCAAAGUAUAUGACCAA